GAUUAUUGCGUCACAGUAUUUGCUGUACGAAGGCCAGAAUCACUACCAGAGACCUGAAUGUGAGCGCAAGAUAGUGUUCAAAGCAGUCGUAAGAGGUUCCAUUCCCCCACUCUUUCCGUUCCAAUGGAGGUCUCCUGUUUAGGUAAAUAAAAGGAUUGUGGUGGGGGGACGGUGGUGGAAGAGAAGAACUACGAUUUCCACCAUGCAUUGCGGAAUGAAAGGCCUUCGCCACAGUGUUCCUUGAAAACUGUAGUCUUAUGGAGCGGACCAUCCAAUACCGAAGCGGGCACAAUUCUCACGGAAAUCCACUGGAUAAAUUGGAGACCUCCGAGCGCUUAUACAUGUCAACAGUUAUGGAUUGGAGUGUUGUUUUUUUAUCUUGAGAGCGGAGACUAGGCCAAAAAAAGAAGAUACCUAUAACUCCUAGGAAGACUACAAUUCCCAUCCAGCCCCACGAGUCCUCCAAGGCCUACAACAUGGAACCACAAGUUACUCUAAAUGUGACUUUUAAAAAUGAAAUUCAAAGUUUUCUGGUUUCUGAUCCAGAAAAUACAACUUGGGCUGAUAUCGAAGCUAUGGUAAAAGUUUCAUUUGAUCUGAAUACUAUUCAAAUAAAAUACCUGGAUGAAGAAAAUGAAGAGGUAUCCAUCAACAGCCAAGGAGAAUAUGAAGAAGCACUUAAGAUGGCAGUUAAACAGGGAAACCAGCUGCAGAUGCAAGUCCACGAAGGGUACCAUGUCAUUGAUGAAGCCCCAACCCCAGUUGUAGGAGCAAAACGACUAGCUUCCAGGACAGGGAAGAAGCCACUUGCACAUUACUCUUCACUGGUGAGAGUCUUGGGAUCGGACAUGAAGACCCCAGAGGAGCCUGCAGUGCAGUUGUUUCCACCUGCUUCAUGUGACACAGACCAGCCUCAAGACAAGCCCCCAGACUGGUUCACAAGCUACCUGGAGACAUUCAGAGAACAAGUGGUUAAAGAAACGGUUGAGAAGCUUGAACAGAAAUUACAUGAGAAGCUUGUCCUCCAGAACCCAUCCUUGGGUUCUUGUCCUUCAGAAGUCUCAAUUCCUACUUCAGAGGAAACAUUGUUUUUACCAGAAAACCAGUUCAGCUGGCAUAUUGCUUGCAACAACUGCCAAAGAAGGAUUGUUGGCGUCCGCUACCAGUGUAGCUUAUGCCCAUCCUACAAUAUCUGUGAAGAUUGUGAAUCAGGGCCAUAUGGCCAUGACACUAACCACGUCCUGCUGAAGUUACGGAAACCUGUUGUGAGUUCCUCUGAACCAUUCUCUCACUCAAAGUACUCUACUCCUCGUCUUCCUGCUGCUCUGGAACAAGUCAGGCUCCAGAAACAGGUUGAUAAGAACUUUCUUAAAGCAGAAAAGCAAAGGUUGCGAGCUGAGAAGAAACAACGUAAAGCAGAGGUCAAAGAACUUAAAAAGCAGCUUAAGCUCCAUAGGAAAAUUCACCUAUGGAAUUCAAUCCAUGGACUCCAGAGCCCCAAGUCUCCUUUAGGCCGACCUGAAAGCUUGCUCCAGCCUAAUACCCUGAUGCUCCCUUUGCAGCCCUGUACCCCAGUUAUGCCAACGCUCAGUGCAGCAUUUGUAGAUGAGAAUUUGCCUGAUGGGACUCACCUUCAGCCAGGAACCAAGUUUAUCAAACACUGGAGGAUGAAAAAUACAGGAAAUGUAAAGUGGAGUGCAGACACAAAGCUCAAGUUCAUGUGGGGAAACCUGACUUUGGCUUCCACAGAAAAGAAGGAUGUUUUGGUUCCCUGCCUCAAGGCUGGUCAUGUGGGAGUUGUAUCUGUGGAGUUCAUUGCCCCAGCCUUGGAGGGAACGUAUACUUCCCAUUGGCGUCUUUCUCACAAAGGCCAGCAAUUUGGGCCUCGGGUCUGGUGCAGUAUCAUAGUGGAUCCUUUCCCCUCCGAAGAGAGCCCUGAUAACACUGAAAAGAACAUGAUCAGCUCAAGCAAAGCUGAUGAUCUCACUUGCCAGCAAGAGGAAGCUUUUCUUCUGGCUAAAGAAGAAAUACAGCUUGGUGAAGUGACUGAGCAGACAGAAGGGACAGCAGCCUGCAUCCCACAGAAGGCAAAAAAUGUUGCCAGUGAGAGGGAGCUCUACAUCCCAUCUGUGGAUCUUCUGACUGCCCAGGACCUGCUAUCCUUUGAGCUGUUGGAUAUAAACAUUGUUCAAGAGUUGGAGAGAGUGCCCCACAACACCCCUGUGGAUAUGACUCCCUGCAUGUCUCCUCUGCCACAUGACGGUCCUUUAAUUGAGAAGCCAGGCUUGGGGCAGAUACAGGAAGAGAGUGAAGGGGCAGGAUUUAAAGCACUUCCUGAUUCUGUGGUGUCAGUAAAGAGGAAGGCUGAGAACAUUGCUUCUGUGGAGGAAGCAGAAGAAGACCUGAGUGGGACCCAGUUUGUGUGUGAGACAGUAAUCCGAUCCCUUACCUUGGAUGCUGCCCCAGAUCACAAUCCUCCUUACAGACAGAAGUCCUUGCAGAUGAAAUUUGCCUUGCCUGAAGAAGGACCCCUUGGAAAUGAGAGGGAGGAGAUUGUCCAUAUUGCUGAGGAAGAAGUCGUGGUGGAGGAGGAGGAGGAGGAAGAGGAGGAGGAUGAGCUCAAAGAUGAAGUUCAGAGUCAAUCCUCUGCUUCUUCAGAGGAUUACAUCAUCAUCCUGCCUGAGUGCUUUGAUACCAGCCGCCCCCUGGGGGAUUCCAUGUACAGCUCUGCACUCUCACAGCCAGGCCUGGAGCGAGGUGCUGAAGGCGAGCCUGGGGUUGAGGCUGGGCAGGAACCAGCUGAGGCUGGGGAGAGACUCCCUGGAGGGGAGAACCAGCCACAGGAGCACAGCAUAAAUGACAUCCUCAUGACCUCACAGACUCUGGAAACAGUGCCCCUAAUCCCAGAGGUAGUGGAGCUUCCACCACCACUGCCCAGGAGCCCUCCUUGUGUACAUCAUCAUGGUUCCCCAGGAAUGGAUUUACCAGUUAACAUACCAGAAGCUUCUUCAGUCCCUGAUCAGAUCAGAGGAGAGCCCAGAGGCUCAUCAGGACUUAUAAACAGCAGACAGAAGAGCUAUGACCACUCAAGGCAUCACCAUGGGAGCAGCAUUGCUGGAGGACUGGUGAAGGGGGCUUUGUCUGUUGCUGCCUCUGCAUACAAGGCCCUAUUUGCUGGGCCACCAGUCACUGCACAGCCAUUAGUUUCUGAAGAUCAGACAGCAGCCCUGAUGGCCCAUCUCUUUGAAAUGGGAUUCUGUGACAGGCAGCUGAACCUACGGCUGCUGAAGAAACAUAAUUAUAACAUCCUGCAGGUUGUGACAGAACUUCUUCAGAUCAACAACAAUGACUGGUACAGCCAACGUUAUUGAGGAGUGACCUUGUAUUAAAUAAUUGCCUGCUGCUCAGAGAUGAUCUUUAUUCUGUUAUUGGGGUUAAGCCCUUGCUUAUUUUUCAUCUGAUGAAUCUAUACAGAGCCCAUCAUUGAGUUACCAAGACAGUACCUGUUACAGUAUUUGGGGGAGCAAAUCAAAGACCAGAACUUAAAUUUUCACUUUAGACAUUGAAUAGAAUAGUAGGAAGACAGUUUUGAUUUGGAUAAAAUGCCUUUAUUUUAGUGCAUCGACAAGUGUAACUUCAAGUUCGUAUAGAACCAUUUUUCUUUCUGCUUUUAUUGAAGUUGGGUAUUUUUCUUUGGUUAAUGUGGAAUUUUUAUGGGAGUAUCUGUUAAUUGUCAGGUUUUGAAAGAAAUUAACCUUGAAAGUUGUUUUCAAGAAUUAUUCUCAUAAUUUCUGUAAUCCACCCCAAGCUUCAUAGUUAUUUGGCACUGAAAUAACACCCAGAGCAUGAUAGAAAUGUUGUUACUCUUCCUUUCUCAAGGAGAAAGUAAUUUUCCUGCAAGACUUAAUAAUUGGCACUAUUGCUAAAGACUCCAGGGUGCAUUCAAGAGUAUCCAACUUUCAAGGAUCUCUGCAUUUCAGUGAGAGGAGGAAGAGUGUGCUGACUAACCCACCAGCAACUAUUGAGCAAUGUCUAUUAUAGUAAUUCUGCAUACAUUUUUAUUUAAGGGAAAAAAAUUUAGGUAGUGUGAAAUAUUUUGCUAACCUUAUAGAAAAGGAAAAAAAAUCCUAUUAUUUAAAGGGAAAAUUUAACUUAACAGUUACCUUUUUUCUUAAUGUCAGGGGAGAUCUUAUUUUACAGUACAGUGGGGGAAAUAGAAAUAUGUGAAAAGCAAAAGGCAGGCUCCUAAAUUAAUGUCAGUAAAGUUCAGGGUGGGCAAAUGAGUGCGUAUGAAGGUAUAGGAAAUGCUGAUGACUUCUUUAAUGCAUGAAGUCCAUUCAGAGGUAUCUAGCCCUAGAAAGCCUAGAACAGGAAGAGGCAGCUGAUGUUCUGCAGAACUUGGACCGGGGCAAAGUUGCUGAAAAAGUUUUGGUUUAACCCCAAGAUAAGUGGGACAGAGCUUGUCCAGGGGCCCAAGUUCUCACUCUGUUUACAGAAGGGAGUUGGUGAAGGAAGAGGCAACAAAAAAUGCUAAACAUUUUAUCCGUGAAAAUGACUUCCAGAAAAGGAAGAAUCUGAACCCCAGACCGAAGGGGGGAAAGAUAAUUAAAAUAGUAUUAUCUAACUGGUUGGUAUUUGUAAUGAAUGGUGAUUUUAAUUAGUCAUUAGCCAUAAUGAUGUUUAUUUACAGUAUAACUCCUGAAUGCUACUUAAAUAAACCAGGAUUAAAACUGCAAGCCAACCAGGCCGUUCAUUAUUUAACAUGUUAAUCAGGGCUUCCGGAUUGAAGAUGGGAGCAGCUGGGUGUCUGUAAUUGGGUUGAUGGGCGGGACCUAUCUUGACCAUCGGAGUUUUAUAGUCGAGGGCCAGGAAGGCCCGGGUCGUCCGCUCCAUUGUAAUUUUACAUAACCACUUAAAGAAUGGUGAAAUAAAUGUUCUUGGAAAUUCCUA